AUGCUUCCGGGCUCGCUACCUUGCCUGAUGGCACUUGUACUCCCAGACUCUUUCGGCAACACGAAUGACCCAACACCUACGGAUGCGCCAGCUUUCCCAGCCACUGGAUGGUCUGGAUUAUUCUGGUACUGUCUACCUGCUGCGCGCGUGACACUCGUGGAGUCCCUAGGGAUUGGUGGAGUAUUCGACAGUGUCGUUAACCAACUAGCCAAGUUUGGCAGCGGGGCCGUAUCGCCUUUUAUUCAGUAUGGUUUCUGUAUGACAAGUCCCGACGUUGUCGUCCCGCUGCUUCUUUGGACAGUGGGAGCGGAAAGGUGGGGAAAAAUGGUUGAGAUGAAAGAGGGCCUCGUGCGACAUUUCCGAAUGUGGAAAGCCCUUCAAGCACGCAUUUGGGCUAGGUGGGCAGCCAUUGCGGAUUACCUUCUCCACCCGAGAACCGACUUUGUCAAGUUUCAUCCAUGGGAUUUCCUGGAGACGACCAUUACAGAGGUGUCACCUCUGCGCAUUGCCCAAGUGAAUCGUCGAGAGAAUCAUGGACAGUGGAAGCAGAGCAAUGCGUGGUUUCGCCAUCUCUUUACCCGAGCCACCUUGCAAAAAAAAAUACAGCUGAAAGAAGAAGGACGUGACGCACCAGAAGUCUACGCAGGAUUGCCAUCAUCCAUUUUCACGAAACUCAAAGUGGGAACCAAGAAAACCAUUUUCCUGUCCCGAACAACAACGGGCUAUAUGGACGUUCUAUCCAAAGAGCGUCGUCUCUGUCUGAUUCCGAAAGAAUCGAAGCCUUCGGUGUGGAGAGUAAUCAUAGAUGCAGGAAGACAAUGCUGGGAUGAAAGUGGUCGGUCAAGGACGGGGGCCCCAGACGACACCUCCUAUAUCAUUCACUUUAAAGAGCGAAGCGAAGCGGACAGCAAUGGGCUUGUGAAGUUUCGCAAGGGGGAGUCGGGAAUUUGGCUGACAUUGGGCGCCUAUUCUUGGGCAGGUUUGCCGAAGAAGCAUGAGGGCAUCGGGUAUGAUAGGAUGAAGGGAAGGAGGGUCGAAGCACGGAGGUUGGUUAUGAGUGGAUGGCGGAAGGCAGAAGAGUCCGGAGAUAGUUUGACGCGUAGUGCAAAGCCACGCAGACGAAUUCGAAAUGGCUGA